AUGGACCUGAAAGCGGCGGAUGUGGUGGGGUCGUGGCGAGGUCGUGGCGAGCCUCUGGACUAUGAGCGAAAGCGUCUGUUCAGUCUGCGGGUCCAGGUGGAGAACACGCAGUCCGGGCCCCGGGUCCUGGGCGCGGGGCCCUUCACGGAUGAGGCCUUGGUGAAGGUGGUGGUGGAGGAUGUGGACGAGCCGCCAAAGUUCGAACGAAGUCACUACGUCCUGGAAGUGAAGGAGGACGCACCACGAAACACCGCCAUCGGAUCGGUCAGCGCCGCCGACCCAGACGACAAGAGGAGCCCGGUCAGGUGA